UCGGUAAUUAGAUUAGAAACUUCAUAAACGCAGCGUUUCGGUGCAGAUGCAACGUUGAACUUCCGUAACCACCAGUUACUGAAUUUUUUCGUGAUUAUAAUUGCUCGGUCCUGAUUACAUUUGUGUCUUGACGACAAGUGUGAGAAGCAUCCACUCGACGGAGAAGAGAGUCAGGCAUGGAGACUGCGAUAUGUGGGAGAUUAGCUCUCGCACCAACCACUCUCUUCAAUUCUAUCUCAGGGGACAAACACUCUGUCUCAAAAGGACCAUGCGUUAAUAACCGUGGAGUUCUCAUAACCAUGUCUACGUACGCUGCAUUGGGUAAAGGAGGUGGUGUGUUGGACAAACCAAUUAUAGAGAAAACUACUCCUGGUCGUGAAUCCGAGUUUGAUUUGAGGAAAUCGAAGAAGAUGGCUCCACCGUACAGGGUGAUACUUCACAACGACAACUUCAACAAGAGGGAGUAUGUGGUUCAGGUGUUGAUGAAGGUCAUACCAGGCAUGACUGUUGACAACGCAGUUAACAUUAUGCAAGAAGCUCACAUCAACGGUUUGGCAGUUGUGAUCGUCUGUGCUCAGGCCGAUGCAGAGCAGCACUGUAUGCAGCUCCGCGGUAACGGCCUUCUCAGUUCUGUUGAACCUGAUGGUGGAGGCUGCUGAAAAAAAAAUACUAGUUUAAAAUUUCGUAUAGAUUUUCACGCCUCCCAGGACACUCUAUUUAGUAAAGAAAAUGUUUCCUUUAAUGUUGUAUAUAAAUAUCAGAAAUUUGGUACCAAGACUGUUACUGUAUGCAGUGAACUUUUUUGCCUUUAUAGAUCUUUUGUUGUGUUGAACC